AAAGAAUUAAAGUGGUCAGCCAUGUCCAUUGUUGUCCAUAUUAGCGAGACAUUAUUAAUACCACGCAAAAUAUGGCAAUUAAAAAAAAUACCAAUCUGAUUAGACCACCUGAAAUGUACCACAUAUUGUAUAGUUGUAACUCGUGCCUUUAUCAGUGGUCAAUGGGUAACGUUUUAAGCUUUUAUCAGGCUGAUCAAACCACACCAGCAUGACAUUUAUCUCAUUAUCAUGUCAUCAAAAACCAAUGGACCAUUUAACUAAAUGUUUCAUGCAUGGACCUCUUCAGGUUGAAUAAAGGCCGGGGCAGGAUACAGGUGAUGCUGUGCACGGUGUGACACUAAUAAUCAUCAAACCCUGAAGAGGACCCAUAGAGCAUCAAUGCAUGCUUUUAUUUGUAGAUUUUAGUUCAGCUUUUAACACAUCCGCUUGUCAAGAAGUUAAAUGACAUGAAUCCAUUUUAUUAUCAUCAAAUAGUUUUCGCUAGUUUCAAUAACGGGUCCCCAAAGAAGGGGAUGUUUGCAUGUUUCGUGCAAUUGAGCAGAUGUGCUCCUGUAAGCAUUUGUAAAUACAAAUGGACAAUAAAUUAAAUUGGAGUGCCAAGAGGAUUAAACAUCAGCAUUAUUUAUGUUCGCAGUUAGAAUUGAGAAUCAACCACAUGUCACUUCACUCCAUCUCCAAGGGCUACCAUUGUCUUACAUCCAGGCAGAUUAUUGCUUUUUGUGUAUUCAUAUAUAUAUUCUAUAUUCUAUCAAAUGUAUUUUUCACACACGGCUCCACAGCACGAGGGUGACAAUUGUGCAUGACAUUUUUGAAAAUUUAGUUUGGACUCUGCUUUAACCCGUUGAUUCUCCAGACACCCGCAGAGUUGCACCGUCAGAUAACACACCGGAGACCAUUACUGAGGGGAAGCUCCUUGAGGGGGGCCUGUCAAUGGAAAGAUACACCUUCAUGAUGGAGGCUCCCUGAGGGAAAAACUAAAAAAGUGAGACUUAACAACUCUGCAGUGUGAUUGGGUCUCCCUUCAAACCCUCCUCUAUAAAAGGCCCAGCGAGCAAAGCGUCGGAGAUCACCCAAAGUUGUCCCCUGGUCCCGUGAAGCGAUGGACGCAGUUGGGUGGAUCGAAUCCCUCAUCAGAGCACUCAUGUUCCUGGCAGGGGUCCUGGGGAACAACUGGCUGGCCAUACGCUCCCUGCCCGGCCACAGAUCCAGCAUCCGCACCAACGAGGUCCUCUUCAUCAACCUGGCCGUCUCCAACCUCAUCACCAACUACCUGGUGGACCUGCCCGACACCGCGGCGGACUUCGCCGGACGCUGGUUCCUGGGGGAAACCUUCUGCGCCGCGUUCCGUUUCUGUGCCGACCUCUCCGAGACCAGCAGCAUCUACUCGACCUUCUUCAUCAGCGUGUUCUGGCACCAGAAGCUGGUGGGCUCCCUGAAACGCGGCGGCGCCCCGGUGCAGCUGGACCGCCUGAGCCUGGUGGGCUGUCUGCUGGCCGGGAGCUGGGCGGUGGCGGUGGUCUUCAGCGUCCCUCACGUGUUCUUUGUGGCGUUGGAGGGCCGGAACGGGAGCAAAUUGGACUGCGUGGACGUCUUCCCCAGCCCGAUAGCCAGGCGCACCUACGAGAUCUUCUACCUAACCCUGGCGAAUGCUCUCCCCCUCGCCGGGAUGGUGUUCGCCAGUGUACAGAUCGUCAUCACUCUGCUGCAAAACUCGCACCGCGUACAGGGUCACAACUCUGACGCUGGCAAGGGGAGGGAAAACAAGAGCAGCGGCGGCCGAGACGACGGCGACGACGGAGGAGUGGACGGCGCCGCGCCCGGUCCAGGCGCCACCAAGGAUCCAAAAGCGCUUUCAUCCCUAACGGACAUUUACAACGGCGUGCCCGCUUCCGCGUGUCCAGCUGGAGGGUUGUCGGGUCAAAGCGGCGGGGACGCGGAGGGCGGGGGCGGAGCUCCGGGAGAACCCGGCAGGCCGAACCAGACGCGGGCGAAGACGAGCCCGAGCACUCAGGCGAGAGCGGCCAAGAGCGUGGUGGCAGUAGCCGUGGUGUUCCUGGUCUGCUGGCUGACUCAUCUGCUCCUGCGCAUCAGCAACAACAUCCACACGUCCUCGAUGUUGGUGGAGGUGGCCAGCUACAUUGCGGCCUCCUACACCUGCAUCAUCCCCUACAUAUUCUUGUACGGCGUGAAAAAGCUUUGUUGCCCCUGCAAAAGGUAGAAAUGUGCACAUCACAUGCAGGAUCCAAAUCUGUGACAGAGUAACUAAACGCAAGGAACUGUAGAAGAGACGGGAUGAAAGAACUGCAUUGACAGCCAAUAUCUCAUAUUAUGUCUUAAGAAUUGAUACAUAGGCUAAUAGAUACAUUUAGUGGCAGAAAAUUCAAAUGAAGUUUAUUGAUUUUAGAUGGGGGGGCGGGGGGGUUCUGUUAAACUGAACAUUUUGAUGGUCUACAUUCUACAUCAGACAUCCUCAUACAAUAUUUAAAAGGAAAUUAUUUUUUGUGCUUUUUAUCCAGCGUCCUUGUUAUCACCUUCCAGAUCUUUCAGUCUGCAUGAAACACCUUGUAACUUUAUUUUGAAAAGCUAUGUAAAAUGUUUCCUUCCUGAUCACAGCAGGCAAAAAUAUUAUAUUGCUUCUCACCUCAAAUAGCAAAAAGGCUAGAAAUGAUUGUGGCUGCUUGUUGUGCACAAACAUUUCUAAAGAGUAACAUUAAAGAGGGUUACAUUACAUGGAAGAGGGACAGUUCUUACUGACGGCAUUAUUAGUUUUACAUGGUAAACGUCAUGAAAGGGUACUGACAUUAAGAGCAACAACCCAGUAUCAAGUAAGAAAUUCUAAUUAGGAAUUUAGCAUAAUCGUUCACUAGCGUGCAGAGGAAAUUGGCGGAAAAAUUAAUUACUGCAGCAAUUUCUGUUUUGUGAUGACAGUAGGAAACCAUGUGUGCUCUCUUCAAUUAAACAUAAUUAUGUAAACAACCAGUGAAGACAUGAAGUCUAUUAUUGUACUCCCUCUGCAGCGCAACAUUUUCAAACCCGAAGGGAAUUUAUUACUCGUUUUGAUGGGUUACA